GCCGCUGACGCUGCGCCUGCGCCUUGGGCCCCGGUUUGCGCCCGACUCCGGUCGCGCGGCCGACAGGGUCUGCCCCGCGGCUGCGCAGCUCGCGCCCCGGCGCGUCUCCCGCUGCGCCCGCCUCCUGACGCCGGGCGUGACGUCACCGCGCCGGCGGCCGCCAUUACAGAGAGCCGCGCUCCGGAGCCAGGGCGAGCGGAGGAGGCGCAGCGGCCGGUGGCCGAGCACUGCGGACGGAGCCAGCGGGCCGGCGCCGAGCACCCGCCAGUGGCCACUGAAGUCCCCCGGGAGCCGGCGGCGGCGUGUGCGUGUGGCCCGUGUGCGGGCGGCGGCGCGGGAGGGGCGAGGAGCGGCAGCCGGCUCGGGCGGGCGGCAUCAUGGACGAGAAGGUGUUCACCAAGGAGCUGGACCAGUGGAUCGAGCAGCUGAACGAGUGCAAGCAGCUGUCCGAGUCCCAGGUCAAGAGCCUCUGCGAGAAGGCUAAAGAAAUCCUGACAAAAGAAUCCAACGUGCAGGAAGUGCGCUGUCCAGUCACUGUGUGUGGAGAUGUGCACGGGCAGUUUCACGAUCUCAUGGAACUAUUUAGAAUUGGUGGCAAAUCACCAGAUACAAAUUACUUGUUUAUGGGAGAUUAUGUUGACAGAGGAUAUUAUUCAGUUGAAACAGUUACACUGCUUGUAGCUCUUAAGGUUCGUUACCGUGAACGCAUCACCAUUCUUCGAGGGAAUCACGAGAGCAGACAGAUCACACAAGUUUAUGGUUUCUAUGAUGAGUGUUUAAGAAAAUACGGAAAUGCAAAUGUUUGGAAAUAUUUUACAGAUCUUUUUGACUAUCUUCCUCUCACUGCCUUGGUGGACGGGCAGAUCUUCUGUCUACAUGGUGGCCUCUCUCCGUCCAUAGAUACACUGGAUCACAUCAGAGCACUCGAUCGCCUACAAGAAGUUCCCCAUGAGGGUCCAAUGUGUGACUUGCUGUGGUCAGAUCCGGAUGACCGUGGUGGUUGGGGUAUAUCUCCUCGAGGAGCUGGUUACACCUUUGGGCAAGAUAUUUCUGAGACAUUUAAUCAUGCCAAUGGCCUCACAUUGGUGUCUAGAGCUCACCAGUUGGUGAUGGAGGGAUAUAACUGGUGCCAUGACCGGAAUGUAGUAACGAUUUUCAGUGCUCCAAACUAUUGUUAUCGUUGUGGUAACCAAGCUGCAAUCAUGGAACUUGAUGAUACUUUAAAAUACUCUUUCUUGCAGUUUGACCCAGCACCCCGUAGAGGCGAGCCACAUGUCACUCGUCGUACUCCAGACUACUUCCUGUAAUGAAAGUUCACACUUGUACAGCAUUGCCAUGAACCGUAUACUGGCCUAAUGGACGUGGGAAGAGCAACAGUAACUGCAAAGUGUCAGAAAAUAGUAGACAUUCAAAAAACUUGUUUUCACACGGACCAAAAGAUGUGCCAUAUAAAAAUACAAAGCCUCUUGUCAUCAACAGCCGUGACCACUUUAGAAUGAACCAGUUCAUUGCAUGCUGAAGCGACAUUGUUGGUCAAGAAACCAGUUUCUGGCAUAGCGCUAUUUGUAGUUACUUUUGCUUUCUCUGAGAGACUGCAGAUAAUAAGAUGUAAACAUUAACACCUCGUGAAUACAAUUUAACUUCCAUUUAGCUAUAGCUUUACUCAGCAUGACUGUAGAUAAGGAUAGCAGCAAACAAUCAUUGGAGCUUAAUGAACAUUUUUAAAAUAAGUACCAAGGCCUCCCCUCUACUUGUGAGUUUUGAAAUCAUUUUGUUUAUUUUCAGGGAUACCGUUUAAUUUAAUUAUAUGAUUUGUCUGCACUCAGUUUAUUCCCUUCUCAGAUCUCAGCCCCAUGUCGUUCUUUGUUGUUGUCAGAACCUGGUGAGUUGUUCUGAACAGAACUGUUUUUCCCCCUCCUGUAAGAUGAUGUUACUGCACAAGAGCACUGCAGUGUUUUUCAUAAUAAACUUGUGAACUAAGAA